CUAAAAGUCGCUUGGUCGCUUGUCAACAACUGAGUGCAUGAUUAUAUAUUCCACAACAACAAAUUUUGAUGAAAGCAACGUUGCCACUCUUCUGUUUCGAAUUAACUUUAUUUGGCUUUUCAUGUAUAAGGUGGCAAUGAAAAACAGAAGGUAGAAAAAAUCAAUAUUGUGCGAAAAUUAGUGAAAAUGACAACAAUUUUUAGAGGUUUUCAUGGAAAUUGUGCUUUAUUGGUAAUUCUAUUAAUAAUUUUUCUUCAGAAUGCAUCAACGCUACAUAGAACUUUGCGACAUUAUGAAGUACUUCGCAAUGAAGAUUGUAGACACAAAAUUAUUAAGCGCGGAAUUAAACAGAGCUCACACCCCUAUAACGUGAUCAAAGAGGUAGAGUUCAAGACUUUGGGUAAACAUUUUCGACUUAUAUUACACCCGCACCGUGAUGUAUUGCACAGCAAAUUUAAAGCAUACACUGUCGACGGCGACGGUAACGAGACAGUUGUACAUUUAGCAGAUCAUGACAGUUUUUUUACUGGACGUGUCUAUGGUGAGUUAGAAUCAUCCGUAAGAGCGCACAUAGAUGAUGGUUUAAUGACAAUGUCGAUACAUCUGCCGGACGAAACAUAUCACAUUGAGCCAUCGUGGAGACACCUACCACGUUCGGCAGAUAAGACGAUGGUAGCUUAUAGAGUUUCUGAUGUGAAGUUAAGUUGGAAUAAACGUGAGAAUAGUCCUCCUGGCGCACAAAUGCCUUGUGGAUACGUUAAAGAGGGUUUAGAAUUGGAAACUGAUGAUGAUCCAGAUGAAGACAUAGAUGGCGGUCUGCAUUAUACGCAACCACAUUUGUUAAAUAGUGUUCAAGAAAAGGCUAUUUCAAAAUCGCGUCACAAGCGACAGGCGGAUCAGUAUGAAUACACACCCACAAAAACUCGUUGUCCACUUUUGCUUGUGGCCGAUUAUCGGUUUUUUCAAGAGAUGGGAGGAGGGAACACAAAAACAACAAUAAAUUAUUUGAUAAGUCUUAUAGAUCGUGUGCACAAAAUAUACAAUGACACUGUAUGGCAGGAUCGAACAGAUCAGGAAGGCUUUAAAGGAAUGGGGUUUGUGAUAAAGAAAAUCGUUGUGCACUCUGAACCGACGCGGUUGCGGGGCGGUGAAGCUCAUUACAAUAUGAUUCGUGAAAAAUGGGAUGUGCGCAAUCUACUGGAGGUGUUUUCAAGGGAAUAUAGCCAUAAAGAUUUUUGUUUAGCCCAUCUUUUUACUGAUCUAAAAUUUGAAGGCGGUAUUCUGGGCUUGGCAUAUGUGGGUUCUCCUCGUCGUAAUUCCGUUGGUGGAAUUUGUACACCAGAAUAUUUCAAAAAUGGAUACACUUUGUAUUUGAACUCGGGCUUAAGUAGCUCCCGAAAUCACUAUGGACAGCGAGUUAUAACACGUGAAGCAGAUUUAGUAACAGCACAUGAGUUUGGUCAUAAUUGGGGAUCUGAACACGAUCCAGAUAUACCGGAGUGCUCACCAAGUGCCUCACAAGGAGGAAGUUUUCUCAUGUAUACGUAUUCUGUCAGCGGUUAUGAUGUUAAUAAUAAGAAAUUUUCGCCGUGCUCCCUGCGUUCUAUACGCAAAGUUUUGCAAGCCAAGUCGGGGCGGUGUUUCUCGGAACCCGAAGAAUCGUUCUGCGGUAAUUUACGCGUUGAAGGUGAUGAACAGUGCGACGCCGGUUUACUCGGUACUGAAGACAACGACGCUUGCUGUGAUAAGAACUGCAAAUUACGUCGGAAUCAGGGUGCAAUGUGUAGCGAUAAGAAUUCGCCUUGCUGCCAAAACUGCCAAUUCAUGCCGGCCGGAAUGAACUGCCGAGAUGCCCAAUAUGCCACCUGUGAGCAGGAGGCACGCUGUUCGGGCAGUCAUGCGGAAUGUCCCAAGUCUCCACCAAUGGCAGACGGUACAAUAUGUCAAGAGCGUGGACAAUGCCGAAAUGGUAAAUGCAUACCAUACUGUGAGACUCAGGGUUUGCAGAGCUGCAUGUGCGACAUCAUACAAGACGCUUGCAAGCGUUGCUGCCGCAUGAGCAUAAACGAAACUUGUUUUCCUGUGGAGCCUCCCGAUAUGUUACCCGAUGGUACUCCUUGCAUUCAAGGAUUCUGCAACAAGGGUGUGUGUGAAAAAACGAUUCAAGAUGUUGUAGAACGCUUUUGGGAUAUCAUUGAAGAAAUAAAUAUCAAUCGUGUUUUACGCUUUUUAAAAGAUAAUAUUGUCAUGACCAUCGUAGUUAUCACUUCAAUAUUUUGGAUUCCCAUCAGUUGUGUAAUUUCAUACUUCGAUCGUAAGAAACUUCGCUAUGAAAUGAAACAGUUGGAAUGGAGCAGUAAACUUGAUUUAAUUCAUCCCAGCGAUCGCCGGCGAGUUAUACACAUCAGGUGCGUGUGCGCGCGUGCGGGUGCACCCCGGUCAGCAUGCGAAAGCAAUUAACACAUAGUGCCGCGUCAAAAAAUAUCUGUAUCGCGUAUGUAACAUGACGGACAAUAAAGUGAAGCGGAUAAACGGGUGAAUACGAAUUACUUAAUUUACAUAUAUACAGGGGAUCAGAUGAAACGCACACAGAUUUUUCAAAUAUGUUCAUGCCAAAGCAUAUGUUCAUAUAUCUAUACAGCCAUGAUUGAAAGUAUUUCGAUUAUUGAUAACGUUCAUACACUAUACUGCAACCCGUUGAAAAUAUGAUUUAUCACCAAUAUAUUUUUUAUUAAAUCCGUUUUUUAAUUUUCUACUUCUUCUAUAAAUAACUCCACGAAUUAAUCAUCCUCAAAACGGUAGUAAAAUUGCCUUAACUUUUACAACCCUGCCGUGGUAUCAUAUUAGUGAAAACGUCGCCGUGCAAAUACUUUUAGUCAAGGAUGUAUUUUGUAAAUUGUACAUACACAUUCAAUUGUACAUACCUACAUAUGUACCGUAUGUAUACACACAAUUAAAUUUUGUAAAUCCUGUUCAACAAUAUUGAGAUUGUUUUUCUUUUAGGCUCAAUGUCUUUUUAAGAUUGAUAUACCAUUACUUUCGUGGAUUAAUAUUUUAUUUAGCUUAGUUAGGAGUUGGUAACAAACCAUAAAAGACAACUGUUUCCAACUAAAUAGUUAAGAGUAAUUAUUAAAUGAAAACAAUGUAGACGUUUUUCGUUUGGAAAAGUCUCUUAUUAAUAGAGUUAAUAUAUUACUAUAUAAGAAAAUAAAUGGAAGUUGUACAGUCAAAUUGAAAUUACUUUUUCUAAUAUAAAAAUUACUGCAAUAGUAAAAUUUUGUUGUCUUAUUUUGUAGUAGAAAUUAGUUUUAACAGUUUUCAUUAUUUCACAAAACAAUGAUAAACUUUCCUUUCAAUUAUGACAUAUGGUCAAUAUUCUUAGCUUAAGUGUACAAAAAUAUGUUUUUCUAUUACAAUUCUUUUAUGUAAUAAACUUAACAUGGGUCAUGAUUAAUGUAAUUUACAUUUAUUUUCUUUUAUGGCUAUUUUUGCCAUUUGUUUGUGGUGGAGGCGACGCUUCUUCAUCAUAUUCGU